CACGUUUUGUUGCAUUAUUUAGCGGUUAAUUCGGUGUAUUUUUGAGAACGCGUUGUCGUAUAUUCAGCUGUUAACACCAGGAAAUGUCAGGAAUCCCACCAGACUCAUGGCAGCCCGCUACGGUGUCACUCGAGACCUCUAUGGGAACCAUCGUGUUGGAGUUGUACUGGAAACACGCACCUAAAACCUGCAAGAACUUCGCCGAGCUGGGCAGACGAGGAUAUUACAACAACACCAAGUUUCAUCGCAUCAUUAAAGACUUCAUGGUGCAAGGAGGCGACCCGACAGGAACUGGCCGUGGUGGUGCAUGUAUAUAUGGAAAACAGUUUGAGGACGAACUUCACCCAGAGCUGAAAUUCACAGGUGCUGGAAUCCUUGCUAUGGCUAACGCAGGCCCAGACACAAACGGGAGUCAGUUCUUUUUGACUCUGGCCCCCACACAGUGGCUUGAUGGCAAGCACAGUAUAUUUGGGAGAGUUUGCCAAGGCAUCAGCGUUCUUAAUCGAAUCGGCAUGGUGGAGACUAACAGUCAAGAUCGUCCUGUGGAGGAGAUCAAAAUACUCCGGGUGACUCUACCUAACUGACAUGUGUCGAAGUUCACACAUAAUUUUGUACAGUAUUGGGUUUUUUUAACAAUAAAAAAAUAUUUUGUAAUGUU